UUCCAACCUCUGAUCGUGUGUCAGCAUCAGCCUCAGCCCUAUUCGCGUCAAGGGACAUAUCAUUCCGCCUGUUCGUGCGCGGCGCCGCGCACAAGCAGCCCUUUUCGGGACCCUUCUACGUUCGUGCGAACGCUGCGUCCGAGAUGACUACGGUGACGAGAAGUCGCGAUGAGAGGCGCAUAUGGCUGCGACUAUAAUACAGCAACGACCGCAAAACAAGGUACAGCCACACGUCCGGCAAUCCCACACACAUCGACACUGAAGCUAUCGACCGUUAAAAAUUGAUAAGGAUCCUCGAGCAAGAACGCACUAUUCCGCAUCCAGUAAUCUCCCCGCAAGCUGCCCUUACUCAGCUCUCCAUCAGCGAUUGCAAAGAUUCUCUCUCUUCUCCGUGGAGCUUGCGUCGGCAAUCCGGCUACCGGUCGCUUGAGAUUGCGGAAAACCAUAUCGAGUGACUAUUGGAUCUUAUGCCAGAUCCACCCGACGCAUCAAAUCCGCGGGACUUUGUACCUCAGAGCUUUGACCAAGCAGCAUCAUAUCCACCUCAAGCGUACGGCCGCUACGAUGCGCCUGAGGGCAACGCCUAUGGACCAGGAGGCUAUGCGACCCCAAACGAGGCAUUUCUGCAAGGCUCACCUCUGAUUUACCCGAAUCAGAGUCCGCAGCAACCGCAACAAAUAGCCCCAGGAGCAGUUCCGAGCCACUAUAGCUUCGAUCCCUACGCGCAGGCGGCCUGGGACUGGUCACAGUUGGCAAACUUCACCCAAUUGCCAACGCCCUACGAGCCACAGGGCGAGCUCAUACAAGAGCUUCGAGACUGCAAGAACCCUGCGAACGACUUCAGCAACCCGCUCCUUGUUAAUCCGCUGUCUCCCCCGCCACGACCGCUGCCGCAGAGGCCAGCCGUCUCCCCAAAGAUGAAGCGCAAGUCAGACGCACUGCCAGAGCUGCAGACGAUGCUUCAACAGAGCGCGAACGAGCAGCAGAAUCACUCGAAACGUCGAGCCGUGUCACGGGCAUCGUCCACUACCUCGCAGAGUCCUGCACCAACCGUCCUCGCCGAUGCUCAGCCGUCACCGAUCGCCAACGUUGCGCCGAUCGCUGCCUCGGCAAGCCAGUCAAGUAUACAAGGCAAUGGUGAAGCACAGCGGCGCAAGAAUGCGAGCAUGGGCACGGGGCCGCAGGGCAGAGAAGUCGAUGUUUCAGAACCACGCAGGAUAGUAGAGUCAUCUGGCAGUGGGGAUAUGCUGCCGGCGGGCAGAGUAUUCCCUAUACAGAUUGGCUCGGUGCUGUUCAGCCUCUCUGGCGCAUCAUUAUGUUCGGAUGCACCCUCAUACUUCUCGCAUUUUUUCAGCGAACAGCUACAUAGCAACGGUGGUCGCGCCAACGAUGUGAGAACGCUGUACAUUGACCGCGACCCCGAGACAUUCCGCGAUAUAGCCCUCCACCUACAGGGCUACCACAUAGUCCCUCACGACGGCGAACACUUCGUUAAAUUGUUCGCAGACGCACAGUUCUACUCUCUCCCCCGCCUAACGAAACAACUCUUCAAAUCCGACAUCUUCAUCUCCAUCGGCAGCACACCCUUCCGCAUCCCCCGCGACUCCUUCUCCGCCCCGGGCGACUCGCCCAACUACUUCUCCCUCGGCUUCGCUCAAUGGUUCAGCACGCCCUCGGAAGUCUUCCCCGGCCUCGACCGCAACGCGCUACUCCGUCCACCGUCCAUCAGCCCGCCCAGCGUGCCGAACAAGAGCGGCGAGACAUUCGGCGAGUUGAUGAAGAUGCUGCAGGGGUAUGAGGUCGAGAUUAGGAGUGAGGCGCAUAGAGCGAAUUUGCUAAGGGAUGCGCGGUAUUACCAUCUGAAGGGGUUGGAGCAGAGACUGUUGCCUUGCGAGAUAAGCCACAACUUGAAGAGGGGGCAGAGCGAAAUCCUCAUGCGACUAGAGGAUAUACGACAGUCCGGGAUAUCAUUUGCGCCAGACCCCACGCCCAAUGCAUCCGACACGGAUACAGGACCAAGAGCGGGCUUUGUAUCGUACGCCCGUCCCUACACCGACGACGCCACCGCGCACCACAUCCUCGUGCUCGAAACCUCAGGCAGCGAGUCAACAACCCUCAUCCUCCCUCCAUCCUCUUCCGCCAACCUCCCGAAUCUCGACGCGCAGGUCGUAUUCCACGGCGAUACACUGCGGCGCAUGACGAGCCUCUCGAAUAUAAUAACAUCAAAAAUGGGUCUGCCGUCCACACAAUCCCUAGGUCUGCAUGCGCAAACUGCUGCUGGACUCACAGGACAGUCGGCAACGAGAGUCCGGGUUAGAGUCGAUGGCGGUUGCGCGCUAACGCUUGAUGGGGAAGAGGUCGAGGGCGCGGUGGACGCAGCGGGGAACCUCGAGCUGAAGCAUGACACGGAAUGGGUCUGGGGCCGUGGCGUGUACACUGAUAAGGAGGUUGUAUGGGUUGUGAGGCGCGCGCAGUGGCGUGUGAGAGUCGAGCCUGUUGGGGAAGGCGAAGAUGAGAAGAUACAAGUUAUACUCUGUGCAACGAAGAUGGAGGCCCACACGAAAGAGAGGUGUAGGAAUGCUGGGAGGGCGUUCUUGGGCGGUGCAUAGAAUAUGGAUGGUGUACGAAGUCAUUUAGCGCUGAUGCUGGGUAUAGAAUCCGUUGUUUCGUAAUGGGGAAGUCUUCACUGUAUAUAGAUUGUUCAAGAAGCUCAUUUCUGUCGAGCACUGGCCCCGCCAAAG